AUGGUGAGGUCUCCUUGUGAAAAAAUCAAUGUCAAAAGGGGUGUAUGGACUGCAGAAGAAGAUAGAAAUAAGCUUGCAUUUGGCUCCAAGCAUGGAUCUGGUAACUGGACUUCUGUCCCCAAAAAAGCAAGGCUCAAGAGAUGUGGAAAGAGUUGUAGGCUUAGGUGGAGUAACUGCCCCAGGCCUGAUCUUAAGCAUGACAAUUUCACCACCCAAGAAGAAGAUCUAAUCAUUAAGCUUCAUGCAGCCAUAGGUAGCAGGUGGUCUAUAAUAGCUCAACAACUUCCUGGGAGAACAGACAAUGAUGUGAAGAACCAUUGGAACACAAAGCUGAAAAAGAAGCUCUCUCAAAUGGGGAUUGACCCUGUUACUCAUAAGCCCUUCUCUAAACUCAUUGCUGACUAUGGAAACAUUGGGGGUUGCCAGAAGCCUAGUACCCAAAUUGGGUCCAUCAAUAAAGACUUCAAGAACGCAAUGAUGUUGAAAUCAGAGUCCCAUCAAACACAGCCCCAAGAAUUUAGAAACACCAAUGACCAACCAAAGCUACCACCGACAUCACCACCCAAAAUUGAAACUACCAGAACUAACUUUUUGUUCAAUAGAACUCAUAGUGAUAACAUCUCAAUGGAUCUUGCCCAAGUCCAAGGCAUGCCAAUGAUGUCAGAUGCCUCAAAUUGCUUAGACUUUGAGAAUGGAUCUGUGUUUGGGGAAGAUUGCUUGUCAAAAACUUCAUCACCAUCUAUUCCUUCUACUUGUUCCACUUCAGCUUUUAGUUGGAAUGACUUUCUUCUAGAAGAUGCUUUUACAACACCAUUUUGUGAUAAUCAUGAACAUGACAUGUUGAUGUCAAAGGACUUGGUGAGCCAAAUAGAGAAUGUGACCAGACAAAGUAGUGACUUCCAAUUUUCAUCAUCUUCUGACAUUUCAUUCAUAGAAGCCAUGCUUGACCAAGAAAAUGAGAUGUUCCUAAGUUUUCCUCAUCUUAUGGAGGAACCAUCCAAUUUGAGUUAAACUUUGAAACAAUAAUUUC